AUGAAUCUGCAAACGCUUUUUCAAGACUUUAAUCCAAGUAAAUUUUUAGUCCACUCAUGUUUGAUGAUAUUCACCGCAUUAUUUGCAUUAAGACUGGAUGGAUUUAUAGAAUGGAGUUAUUGGUCGAUAUUCAGUCCUAUUUGGUUGUGGAAGGGUAUGGUAAUUCUAGGUGCUACAGUAGGCAGUUAUGUUUGGUGGAGACAUCCUCAUGCAAGACUUGAAGGCGAUGCUUAUGUUCAUUACAAGGCUAUGUUAAUAACUCUUGCCUUACACUUAAUUUUAUUAAUGUUCGAACUAUUAGUUUGUGACAAAUUAGAAUCAGAUAGGCAUUUAUGGAUAUUAGUAUUCAUUCCUCUAAUUUUUAUUUCAAUUGUCUCCAUAGCUGUGUGCAUUUGGGCAGUAAAACACGAUCGAUCAUUUGAACUAGAGUUAUUCUGUGCCGUCAAUGUACUACAAUUUAUUUUCUUAGCUUUAAAACUUGAUCAAUUUAUAACAUGGAGUUGGGAAGUCGUCUUUGUUCCUCUUUGGGCACUUUUGUGUUUAUCAUUAGUGGCUGUACUAUACACCAUAGUAUUCGCAGCUGUAUUGUUAAGGGCACCACAAGUUAAUGCUCGUGUUAGAAGAACUUCAUUAAAUUCUGCUUUAGCGUAUACGUUUCUCGUCGUGCCAAUAUUAGUAUUUCAAGUAUUACUAGCAAAUAAAUUGGAUGGAGAUUUGUCAUUAAAUUAUACAACUAUAGCUGCACCAUUAUUACUCUCUCAUAUGACACUUAUCUUCAUGUCUUUUGGUGCUAAAGGUGGAAAUAGAUGGUGGUUUGGAAUACGAAAAGACUUUUGUCAUUUUCUUUUAGGCCUCUGUCCGCUUCUCCAAGAGUACGGGAAUAUUUCUUAUCAACCAAGAAGUGAUCACGAUCAACCACCAUCAGAACCAAUGGUUUCAGAUAAGAAUGAAAAGCAUAUUAAAAAAAUCGACCUAAUGAAGCCUGUUGUGCCUAUUAUUUCUAUUGAUAUGCCCGAUUGA